AUUGCUAUUUAUUAAUUCACAACGUGUGAAUGUGUGUGCAUAGUGCAACAGCUGCUGUACUAUGGCGAAGGCCCGUCGACAUUAAAAAAAUAUGAUUCAAAUUGAUAUCCAGUUUUUUUUUUCCUAUAAUUUAGUGUUAUAACAUUGAAAAAAACGGACUCUGCGGACCUUUGCAAAGGACCAUAGCCGCCGCCUUUAUCGAGUCUAAGAGUUUAGUGUGCCAAUGAAAACAAGACAAAUGGAACGAAACGUGCUAGUGACACUAUUGGCAACAGCGGCAACCGUUCAUUGCGUUUGUUCGUACAAUAUACUGGCAAUAUUCCCGUUCAGUGGGAAAAGCCAUUUUGUCAUGUUCAAAACGAUAUCCGAGGCGCUGGCUGCGAAGGGACACAACAUUACGGUGGUGAGCCACUUUCCGAAAUCUUCCCAGAGCAGCCACGCAGAAAAACAAUGGAAGGGCAACUACAUAGACUACAGCAUAAAAGACACUGUGCCGGUGUUUGAGAACAUCACCAUCGAAGAGGUUUUCGGCAACGGAAUCUUCAGAGAGAUGCUAAUCAUUCUCGACGACGGCUUGGACAACUGCAACGGAGUAAUGUCUUCGGGUCGUCUGAACGACUUGAUGAACGCCGGCGCCAAAUACGAUCUCGUCUUGGUCGAGGUAUUCAACACCGGGUGCUUUAUAUCGGCCGGAAGCCGAUUCGGAGCUCCUGUGAUUGGGGUGACUUCGACCAGCUUUUAUCCUUGGUACGGCGGUUUGGUCGGCGACAUGAUAAACCCGGCUUACGUGCCUGUCAAUCUGUUACCGUUCACCAGCCAAAUGUCGUUUAUCGAGAGACUCAUCAACGCUGCAACGUUAACGCUCAUUCGCAUCGUGUACGCGUUCAAGUACGAACCGGAGGCCCAAGCGAUCGUCGACAAACACCUGGGAAAGUCUAAUCAAACCAUUAAAGAAAGCAUGGAAAACGUUAACAUGGUGAUAAUGAAUACACAUUUUGCGUUGGGCGACCCAAGACCUGUGCCACAAGGUAUCGUCGAAGUCGGCGGAUGCACGUACAAAUCGCCCAAUCCAUUGCCACAGGACCUAGAGCAAUACAUCACGGGCGCCACUCGCGGUGUCAUUUACUUCUCGAUGGGCUCGAUACUGAAAGGCGCAUCGUUACCGACCGACAAGGCUAUGGCAUUCCUGCGGGCGUUCCAGCGGCUCCCGACGGGAUACAAAGUCCUGUGGAAAUGGGAGGAAAAAAUGCCCGGUGGCUUUCAACCGGAUAACGUCAAAUUCGUAUCGUGGACACCUCAGUUCGACGUCCUCAAUCACCCGAACGUCAAACUGUUUAUAUCGCACUGCGGUCUGCUGGGCAUUCUGGACGCUCUUUACACAGGUGUGCCAAUUAUCGGCAUACCAAUGUUUGCUGAUCAAUUUUCCAACAUGAAUUUCAUCACGGACCAAGGCUGCGGAGAAAGAUUGAAAUAUGACAAGAUCGAUGAACAUAUUGUCUUCCACACAAUGACCACCAUACUCGGCGAUCAGAGAUACGCCUGGAACGCCAAACGUCUGUCGAUGCUGUACCGAGACCGUCCGGUCGACCCGCUUGACAAUGCCAUUUUCUGGAUAGAGUACGUGGCCGAGUACGGAGUGAACCUUUUCAGACCCACGCCGUUACCUUGGUAUUCGUAUUGUUCCUUGGACCUGGUCGGCUUGGCCGUGCUAGCCUCGACAGUAGCUGCUUAUUGGAUAGGACGGUGUGCCCGUCUUUCCUGGUCCUCGGCCCGAAGAACCGUGUGGAACCGACCUUUGCCGGCGGGUCUUAAGCUCCGGUAAAAAGGAAAUUGCUUUUUUGCCACCGUCGAUCUCUCACAUUACCCACCCCUAUCCCACUGAAAACCAUUUGUUUUAUUAAACGUAUAUUUUGUUGUUAA